AUGGGGCGCCUCGGGAAGCCGUAUGGAAGCCACGGCAAGAUUGCUCCAAGCUACGAGGCCCUCACCGCCGCCGCCGACAUCGCCGGCGCCGCCGGAGCCGCAGGAAUGGCCGGCGAGCGGCUGGCGGCGCUCCUGUCGGAGCAGCAGGCGCAGCAGCAGGCCGCGGCGGCGGCGGCGCUCGCGGCGCUGCUCGCGGCGCCGCCGGCGGGGCCGGGCGGCGUGGCGGCGCAGCUGCCGGCGCUGAUGGGGCAGCCGGGGAUGGCGGCGGUCGCGGCGGCU